CGCGGCUCGAUCUGACGCAGACGGAGACUCUCUGAGACUCUCUGAGAGCGACUGCUGAUGAAGCCACUGAAGAUCGGAGCGCUGCGCUGGACAUGAGACACACAGCAGGACGUGUGCUUUGGUGUUUCGGUCACGUUUAACUUCGGCUGGACUUCAUGCCGAGUGACGGAUCUACAAUGUUCACUGGUGCAACUUUCCAAAGUGUCCUGUUGGUGGCGAUCUGUCUCGUAAGCUGGGCCGUCCCACAUGGGAGACUUGAACGUCCAGGACCCCUUCGUGGAGAAGAUAAAGAGUCAGCAUCAGCUGACAGAUCACUGGAUUCAGACUCCUGCAGUCUGACGGUCCCCAACACAUCCCUGAGCAUCACCGGUGGAGAACCCAACACCACUCCAGCAUCUGCAGCGGAUGGAAACGAGGACAGACGGUUCAGGAUGGAUGAGCGACUGAACACCACGCCUCCGUCCUCUGGAGAUUCUCAUGGCUCUCUGUCUCUGACGACGCCUCCUGCUGGAGAUCUGGAGAGGAGCGACACGCUUCACUGGAACUCAUCUGCGGAGGACAGAGGACCGACUCCUUCAGCUCUUCAGUCAGACGCGUUCAGCCUCUCGCCGCUCACCAGCGGAGACUCGGCGGCUGGAUCCGGACUGAGCUUCAGCUCCAGACUGCUGGACUCGCCGGAUACCUGGACCGAAGCGGAUCGUCUGCAGGCAGAGGAAGUGAGCGUCUUUCCCUCCUCUCAGGACGUCAGCACAGAGGUCACCAUGUCCUCCGAAGACCUUCCUCUGAUUUUUGAGCCGUUUGAGGACGUCACGGCGCCCGGAGCAUCAUCCGGACCGUCUGUCGCCAUGACGCCAGCGGCCGUAACCACGGGAGACCCAGAGCUGGAGCGGAUGGUGUCCAUGGUUACGGAUCACAUUUCCUCUGACGGCCGUCUCUCAGGAACGCUGGAGAUGUCUGGAGCGACAGAGCCAAUCACAGAACCCCAUCCGGAAGCAGAGCAUUAUGGGACGACACAACCAGGUGAUGAUGUCACACAGAGCUCCGUUACCCAUCAGGCUUUGACGGUCUCUGAGCUCGUUCACUUACCAGCGUCAAAGACGGAAGAUCCCGAAUCGAAAGAGGACCCAGAUGAAGAUGAGGAGGAAGAGGAGAUGGACUCUGAUGAGGAGGAGAGCGAAGAGGACCUGACAGAGAGCACCGUGGCCCCUCACACCCGUCUGCCGUACAGCCUGAUCCCUCCUCCUCCCGUCUGGGUGCAGCGGAACCAGGGCCUGGUGAGGAGCUGGGUUGAACUUAUCAGAGAGAAGGCUGGUUAUGUGUCGGGGAUGUUGGCUCCGGUCGGGAUUGGAAUAGCCGGAGCUCUUCUGCUGGUCGGCGCUCUGUACAGCAUCAGAGUGAUCCAUCGCAAGAGGAGGAACAGCUUCAAACACCAGCGGAGGAAGCCUCCCAGAGAAGUGCGCAGCGGACCAGACAACGCCAUGCUGCUGGCUGACAGUUCAGAAGACGAGUUCUGACCAGAAUCCUCUGUGGAUCAGUCCGGAUGUGAACAGCAGCGGUUUAGUGUUUCACACAAAUACUGAUGAGAAUAUACAGUCAGUACAUUUAUAAAUGGAGUUUUCUUUCAGAAUCACAAAAAG